GAGAAAAGGAGGAGGUGGAGGAGAGAGAGAAAAGGAGGAGGUGGAGGAGAGAGAGAAAAGGAGCUGACACAGUGAUAAUGUGGCUCUUGUAUAGAGAUUUAAUCCCUGUUUGGAGCACAGCGGCGCUGCCUCCACGGGACUGGGCUGGCCAAUAUUGAAAGAGCUGGCAGAGGACAAAGAGACCCAAACUCCCAGACAGACACACAGACACCUGAUUGGGGCCAGGCGAGGAUACUGCGACAGAGCCACAGUCUCAAAGCCCAACCAAAACACCACCCAGUGGACACCUGUUAUCCAUCGGCCUGCCCAGUCAAUGCCCUUUAGUCCAUCUACCUGGUCCUCUCUCUUUCUGUCCGUCUAGUCCUAUUUGUGUGUGUGUGUGUGUGUGUGUGUGUGUGUCUGCCUGCCUGCCUGUCUCUUUCUGUCUGUAUCUGUCGGCUGGCCACACGCUGACCCUCUAAGGCAAGAUGAUGCAGCAGAUCCUGCAGGAGAUGUUCAUCGAGCCGGACCUGCUGGCCGAGCUCAACGAGGAGCAGAAGCAGAUCCUCUUCUACAAGAUCCGCGAGGAGCAGGUGCGCCGCUGGAACGAGCGGGAGAGCCGUGACCCCAACCCCCGCGUCUGCAAGACCGGUGAGCGGCGGGGCAUCCAGUGGCUGCUGGGCAGAGAUGGGGAUGUGUGGGUGUGGGUGAUGGGGGAGGCGAAGGGGGACAAGCCCUACCAGGACAUUGUGGAGGAGCUGAUGGAGGAGCGCGCCAGGAAACAGGCCCAGCGCGAGGCCCAGGAACUCUGGCGUGUGAAAGAGGCCGAGAUCGAAAAGAAGUUCCGGGAUGCCAUGGCGAAAGAGAAGGCUCGCUUCGUCGCUGGGAAGUGGAGAGAGGAGAUAGAUGACAGGAGAGCGGCGAAGCAGGUGGAGGAGGAGAACCGCAUCCGGGAAGAACUGAAGAAGUGCAAAGAGGAGGAGAGGCAGAGGGGGGAGGAGGAGAUCCGUCGGGCGGAGGAGAGGAGAGCGAAAGAGCUGUACAUCUCCCUGAAGCAGGAGGAGAAGAGGAGCGAGAGAGAUGACAAGGAAUGGCAAGAACAAUUGAGGCGCUCGAAAGCGGCCGACGAGGAGAUGAAGACGAAGGCAAGGCGUGCCCGUGACGAGUACAAGCGCCAGUCGCUGCGCGCCAUUGAGAAGGGCCUGGUGGCGGGCCUAAGUGGACUUUUCCAGAAGACGCACCUCAACGGCUCAGGCCAGAGCCGGCGGCACAGUGCCAUCAUCGAGCAGUCGUUGACUGGCGCCGCAGCUGCCCCACUGCCCGAGGCCAGCCGACCUGCAGCUACCUUGGUGACAACAAACACAUCUGCACCCGUGGCAGUGAGUGCCCCGCCCAGCGCUGGCUCCACGCACUAUCGCCUCAGACAGAAUCGUCGCCAUAGCAGCCCAGCAACACAGUCCCUCUCAGAAUGCACUGUGUGGAACCGGCCAGCCCGACCCAGCUCACGCGAGUCCAUCCUGCGCUGGUUCCGGGAGGAACAGCGGCCCAAGAGAGCCGGCUACCAGAGGAACAGCAACACUAUAGCCCCCUGGUUCCACGGCAUCAUUUCGCGACAGGAGUCCGAGGCUCUGCUGAUGAAUGCCAGCGAGGGCAGCUUCCUGGUGCGCGUGAGCGAGCGCAUAUGGGGCUACACGCUCUCGUACCGCACGCCGUCUGGCUUCAAGCACUUCCUCAUCGACGCCUCAGGCGACUACUACAGCUUCCUGGGCGUGGACCAGAACAGACACGCCACUCUGGCCGACCUCAUCGACUUCCACAAGGAAGAGGUCAUCACCACAUCCGGAGGAGAGCUCCUCCAGGAGUCUUGUCGUCCAAGGUCCUCCAACGUGGACUAUGGGGGUCUCUUACUGCUUCCUCCUCCACCCUGACAGAGAUAAACACAGACACUACCUGCCCAACUCAAUCAUAUACACACACGUACACCAACACAUACACUAGCACACCUCAGACAUUCAGACCUGCCUGUUUGACACGUUAUACGUACAGGCUGACCGCUCUCACACAGGCACUCCAAGCGUUGGUCUUUCCACUGCUUGUUCUGUAACAGAUUUGGAUCGUGGGAAAAAAACACAUGCUAUUUCUGCACCCUGUCCAUGGGACAGCCUGAGCAGACCCGCUGUCCUGUGCUCCUUUGUCUUCCUCUUUUGAGCGGUUAUUAGUCACCCAUGGACAGACAAUCGUUUUCUCCCACAAUGACAUGUCCACGUCUGUUUCUUGUCUGCUCUUGUCAGAUUGUUUUGUGUGGCUGCUGUUGCUUUUUACCAAGUUCUGUUUCUUUUUUUUGUAGUCACUUGAAAUAAACACCUCA